CUCAUGCUGUAUCUCAUGUCUCAACAUGUUUAAAGUGUCGCCGGUUUUAUUUCUCCUGGCUUUUGCACUCCACACGGCAGUAAUAGCCAAAUCACCAGACAAAUCGAGCGGCCCAAACUGCCAGACCUUCUCUCAAGGAGUCAAGUUCAAUGAAACCGAAGCGAUCGGUACAUGGCAUCUCCUACAUUUCAGGACGGAGAAAACUAAAGGCUCCGGUGACCCUCACUCUGUGGAAUUCACACCUGUGAGCGAAGAGGAAAGGAAGAAUAUAGAAGAACUUGUAGGAAAAUAUAUAGAAAACCUCGAUUGGAACACGCUUUCCCUUAAAAUGCAGAUACCCUAUCAAACUGGCGAUUCUAACAUAACUCGGACUUAUUACCUGGAGAGGCUCGAGGGAAACGGCUCUUACAGGACUCUACAAAUGCCUCUACCUACAGCUAAACUUGACAUAAUGGGAUUCAACCGGUACCCAAUGCGCCUGAAGAUCAUCGAAGGGCAAUACCUCGGUAUGAUGGACUGUCACGAGAAGUUUGUCUUUCUUCUGGGCAAGAAACCCGAAGGAAAAGAGACAGACGAUCGUUUCAAAAAGAUGAUUGAGACGUACUGGCCGGAAGAAGAUUGAAACUAUUUAACAUUAGCAUUAAUAAUUAUUUUCUAAUUAUUAGUAGUAUCUACUGGGCUUAAUAAAAUAACCGUUG